GUUUGAUUAGACAUGUUGAUGCUUCCAAUAUUCAAUUUCAUCCACCAAUAGAAUCCAUAAUUUUCAAAUUAUCCUAACAAAAGCUUAUCCUUUAUUUCCCUCCCUCUCCUUCUCUCAGCCUCCAUGUCUUUUUCCGAUAAGAUUUUUCAUUUUUCUCAGCAACCAAACAAAAUCCCUUUUCUCCAGAAUAUUCGCACACAAUUUUACUUCUUUUUUUCCUUUUGUUUUUUCAACAGUAAAAUGUUCAUUCACAAUCUCUAAUCAUAUGGCUACUCUUUUGCGAUCACCGGACAUCUCCUCCUUCUCCUCCAGCCGCAUAAAUGUGAAGAAACUGAUUCUUCCUAAUGGUGGGAGAAGAGUUGUUAGAGUGUGUAGUUCGAGUUUGAAGGAUUUGGAGGAUGUUGGGGUUUUGUACGGACAAUUUUCUGGUUCAUUGAAGCUUAAUACUGUGUCGUCGUCUACGAAACUUGAUAAGGAGGAAGAGCAGAAAAGGAAUUAUUAUAUGAAUACGGGUUCUGCUAUUCGGAUUCUUAGAGAAGAGUUUCCGGCGCUGUUCUAUAAGGAGAUGAACUAUGAUAUCUACAGGGAUGAUAUAGUCUUCAAAGAUCCCCUCAACACCUUUACUGGCAUUGAGAAUUAUAAAUCGAUCUUCUGGGCUUUACGAUUUCAUGGCAGGAUAUUCUUUAGGGCUUUGUGGAUAGAUAUUGUUAGUGUAUGGCAGCCUGUUGAAGGCAUGAUCAUGAUUCGAUGGACUGUUCAUGGCAUUCCCCGUGUUCCAUGGGAGAGCCGUGGUCGGUUUGAUGGCACUUCAGAGUAUAAACUAGACAAAGAUGGGAAGAUUUAUGAGCACCGCGUUCACAACAUUGCACUUAAGGGACCCCCAAAGUUCCAUGUACUUGCUGUACAGGAAUUAAUUGGAUAUAUUGGCCAUCCCACCACGCCAAAGCCGACUUUCUUUAAGGUCUCAUUCCCUUACUUGGUUAACAUGACGCCAGUGGUGAAAUUUGCAGAUUUGGACAUCACCUGGGUGCAAUUUUUAGCCUCUGUUAAGAGAGGUGAGAAGGAACAAUUGCAGCAAGAAUAGCAUUCUGACUAAGUGCUAAAAGUUUUGAUGAAUCUUCGCAUUGGGUUGCAGACAUGCAUCAGAAUUAUAGGUAUUUAUUCAUAUACAUUAUAUACAACUUUCAGGUGCAGCUCAAUGUAUCUGGAGUUCAUUCUUGUCUUUCUGGGCUCUACUUAUCUGUGCUUCAUUCUUCAUUUGCACUCCAGCUUCUGGUUUGAGUUAGAAAAUUUUACAGCUGUAUAUUUUUGUAUAGUAUAUCUUACUACUGAGUUUGCAGUUAUAUCUGGUUGAAUAUGUUCCCCACAAUUUGUAAUGAAAUAUUAGCCUACAUAGAAGUUAUGAGAUGUUUUAUUUGA